AUGGAGAGCCCCUCAAGGACAAGGGCGAUGGAGCCCGUCAACAGCGGAAGCGGAAGCGACACCGACAGUCUCUACGGCGGCGAUAUGGAGAGUCUUGACAGCGGGACUGCCGCAUCGUCCGAGGGAGAAAGUACCGGCUCGACAGAGACAACACCACUUCUCAAGGCCCAUGCCCAGGAAGUGGAUCCCGAGGCGAAUGCAAUCGCCAACGAAGAUGAUGAAACUACCAUCAUCGUGCAUAAAAUAUCCUUUACGCGACUGGCACUCAUCAUGUCCACAGCCUGGUUCGGGGUCUUCCUGGGAGCGAUUGAUUCGACAAUCAUCGCCACACUCUCUGCACCCAUCGCAAGCGAGUUCAACUCCCUACACCAACUGUCCUGGCUCGCCACCGCUUAUUUGAUUUCCAAUGCCGCCUGCCAACCUAUCCUCGGAAGACUGACGGACAUCUUCGGGCGUGGUCCCGGUUUGGUCGUCAGCAACGUACUCUUCGCCGCUGGGAACCUUUGCUGCGGGCUGGCGAGGGACCAAUACACCAUGAUUCUAGGGCGUGUGAUUGCCGGCGUCGGUGGGGGCGGGCUGAUAUGCAUUGCAACAUUCCUUGGAACAGAUCUGGUUCCGCUUCGUCAGAGAGGGUUAGUACAGGGGAUUGCGAAUAUUUGGUACGGCUCGGGCGCCAUGGUUGGCGGUGUGGUAGGUGGCUUCCUGAACGAUCACACCGCCCUCGGCUGGCGGCUUGCGUUCUUGAUACAGGCCCCUCCUGCUUUGGUUUCUGCGGUGGCGGUAUACUUCCUUGUCGACGUGCCCCCCAAGCAGUCUAAGAAGUCGUAUCUCGGUCGCAUCGACUUCUUCGGAGCUUUCAUGACCCUGGGUUACCUUGUGCUCUUCCUGCUGGGCCUCAGCUCUGCGGGGAACUUGGUACCAUGGGUACACCCUUUACCGCUUACAACUAUUCCACUUUCUAUCGUCCUAUUCAUCACCUUUCUUUGGUGGGAGAGCAAAGCGCCACAGCCAAUCAUUCCGGUGAAACUCCUACUCGAUCGGACCGUUCUCGCUUGUUGCCUCGCCAGUCUUCUCUCUGUCAUGAUUGCCAUGACAGCCAUGUUCUAUGUACCGUUGUAUCUCCAGGUGCUUGGUAGCUCCGCCACUGCGGCAGGUUUAAGGUUACUCUCCUCGCCACUUGGGGUGCCGAUUGGUGCCCUCAGCGUUGGAUACCUAAUGAAAGCAACCGGCAGAUACGUGUGCCUGACGGUAACUAGCGUCUUGGUGGUUUGCGCCGGGGUCUCGCUCUUCACGCUCCAGAGCGCCAACAGCCCAGCUUGGAUGACCUGUAUCGCCUUGUUUCUGGUUGGUGGAGGCUACACCGCCAUGCUGACGACGACUCAAAUUGCAUCCAUCGCUGCUGUCAAGCACUCCCAACAAGCGGUUGUCACGUCCGCCGUCUACAUGGCCCGCAGCUUAGGAGGUACUCUCGGGCUAGCCAUCGCAUCCGCGGUGUACCAAAACACUCUCAAGAACCAGCUGUGGGCGCACUUUGGCAGCCAACCAGGGGCGGCGGACGUCAUAAGUCGCAUACGGGACGACCUCGACCAGCUACACAGGCUACCAGAUGGCUGGUAUGAGGGAACAAUAGCGUCGUUCAUGGAUGCGUUCCGGGCUGUGUGGCUCACCAUGCUCGGUUGGGCCGUGCUUAAUCUCGUCUGUUCGUUUCCGAUGAAGCAGCACAAGCUUUAUUCGACGUUGGAUAGGCGAUAA